GUGUGACUUUUACUACCAAAUCACUUUGGGUGUACUAUGUAAAUGUCGGCAUUUUAUUUUAUUAUGUCUUUGUAGUGUUACUAAAGAUUUGAGUGUUGUUUGUAAGUCCUUUAAAUAACACAAUACUUCGUUUAAUUCAUAUAAUAUGGUCCUGUGGAUACCUCUAUCCUUGAACAAUCAAUAUGGGUGAUUUAAAUACAUCUGAAAGUUCUUGGAAGAAAAUGGUGUUAGCGAAAUCCAAUAACGAAUGGAUCUCUACAAUAAAAUCGGAACCUGGUGAAAUGGAUGACACCAAGAGCACUACAAGUAUGAAUCUUGGAGACCAACAAAUGUCUUUCGGUAUUAUAAAAAAAGAAUUGGAUGAAUCUAGUGUUGAUCCUAGUUCUGAGACAGAUGAUGAACCAACCCAGAUACUUGAUCCACUGUCGCUGUUGAAGCCUGGGAAACAGAGACGUCGCAGAGGUUCUGGACUUAAAAGCGAAUCGUCAGACGAGCGGGCGGCGCGCUUAGCUAAGAUGUCAGCUUACGCCGCACAGAGGCUUGCUAAUGAAACCCCCGAGCAGCGAGCGCGCAGACUCAGGCGUAUGUCAGAAUACGCUGCUAAAAGGUUGUCGCGGGAGACCAAUGAACAGCGAGCCAAUCGCCUAUUUCGUAUGUCUGAAUAUUCUGCUAAGAGACUGGCCAAUGAAUCACCUGAGCAAAGACAAGCUCGGCUUGCUAGGAUGUCUGCAUAUGCUGCCAGGCGCCAUGCCAUGAAAAAAGUCAAAAGUCCUACAGCUAAUGACUAGUGUUCAUAGAAUACUAACUACAAUGUCAAACAUUAUGCAUAACCAAAGCUGAGAAUACUAUAAUUUGAGUCAAUGAUAACAUUUAUUAUUAUUACAUAGAACUUUACAUCUUUUAUACAAAAUUUUACACAAUAAUUAUUUAAUAUUGUUAUUUCACUGUAUUAGCUUUAUGAUAGACUUUUAUUUUGAACUUAAUUUACAACCUUCUCUAAACUCAAUUUUGAUAAUAAAGCUGCUAUUUGUUUUAUAUUAACUA